AUGGAUUCCGUACGUUCCAGUGCAGACGCCCAGUCCGGUUCAAAUUCCGGCCUGGGUGUCAACCUUCACGAUGCCUCCGAAGCCCCCUUGCAAGACAACGGUCCGUCCCCCGAGACGCCUACCGGGGAUCAAGAGGCAGACCAAGCCUUUCCGGAAGGCCCUACCACCCCUCCACACGACAUUCUCCCCAGAGACAGGCAACUCCGAACUCCUACCUACGACUAUGCGUUCGAAAAGUCAAUGAGCCACGCUGAAGCAAAGCUUUUCUAUCAGCACCAUCAGCUGGAGUCUCGAAGUGCCCCUGAUGGCGAGCAGGCGCAAACACCCGCGAUGUCGAGUCCUUAUGUGGCCCCCAGUCAGACGGAAGAGGUGCAUGACAACGUACCACCCACUGCGAAGCAGGAGAGGGGUGAACACCAAGCGGCCGGCAAUGUUUCAAACCGUCCGAUAGGACAGUAUCAGAACUCGGGGCUCGAGUACUCGCCAAUGGACAAGCGCAAUACUUCUACCGAUGACCAACAUCUGCCGAAUGCUGGAAAGAGUGCGCCCUUCGGAAUGUCCAAUGCUCGGGACAACCUCUUGUCUGCGAUGCAGUCGUUGCAUGAUCAGCCAGGGACAGCACAUGGAAUGGUGAAUAUUGCCGCGGAUAGCAAUGCCGUCACAUCGGAAUUACACGCCAUAUGCCAAAAGAUCUGGGGCUUGCUUGACCGCCGGUCCAAAUACAUUAAACUGUCGCUCCAAGGCCCCGAAGAUAACCCAAAGGAUCGGGCCGACUGGAGGAUCUACCCUCCGCCACCCGAACCAGCCUGGGAAGGUGGGAGUGGUCAGCUCAAUGAUCAAGUCCGCACGGAACACACCAAAAGGAAGAUGGGCGAGGACGUUGGCGAAGAUUUUGAUAUGGCCGAAUGUCUGCCUCUUCCGGACGAAUCCAGUUGGGCGUUUAGGCUUGAUCAGAACAGCGUAUAUCAAGUGUAUGAGAGCGACGACGCAAUGGCUGCUCAUCAACCAGUUGUCGAUAUUCCUUCCUUGAGAGAUUUCUAUAUGGACCUGGAUGCCGUUAUCGAUGUCUCAACAGACGGCCCCGCGAAAAGCUUUGCCUUCAAGCGACUCUCCUAUCUGGAGGGAAAGUUUCAGUUGUAUACUCUACUCAACGAAUAUCAGGAGAUCGCAGACAGCAAAAAGGUCCCUCACAGAGACUUCUAUAAUGUGCGGAAAGUUGAUACCCACGUCCAUCAUUCGGCAUGUAUGAACCAGAAACAUCUUCUUCGUUUCAUCAAAAGCAAGAUGAAAAAGUCCCCGGACGAGGUCGUCCUCUUCAGAGAUGGGAAGCACCUGACGCUGAAGGAGGUUUUUGAAAGCAUCAACCUGACAGCCUACGACCUGAGUAUCGACACCCUUGACAUGCAUGCGCAUACGGAUUCUUUCCAUCGGUUCGACAAAUUCAAUCUGAAAUACAACCCAGUUGGCGAGUCCCGCCUCCGAGAGAUAUUUUUGAAAACAGACAACUAUAUCAAGGGUCGCUACCUGGCCGAGAUCACAAAAGAAGUUAUUUCUGAUCUUGAGUCGAGCAAGUACCAAAUGGUGGAAUGGCGCAUCUCGAUCUACGGAAGAUCCAUCCAGGAAUGGGAUAAACUUGCUGCAUGGGUGGUGGACAAUAAACUGUUCUCGCCCAACGUCCGCUGGCUCAUUCAAGUGCCGCGGCUUUACGAUGUGUACAAAUCAAGCGGAAUGAUGGAGAACUUUGAGCAGGUCAUUACCAACGUUUUUCAACCACUAUUUGAGGUGACAAAGGAUCCCCAGAGCCAUCCUAAACUUCAUAUAUUCUUGCAGCGUGUCGUCGGGUUUGACAGCGUCGACGAUGAGAGCAAAGCGGAGCGUCGUCUUUACAGAAAAUACCCAAUCCCAAGAGCGUGGAACACGAAACAGAACCCACCAUAUAGUUACUGGAUUUAUUUCAUGUUUGCAAACAUUGCAUCGCUGAAUUUCUGGCGAAAGCAGAGGGGCUUCAACACUUUUGUGCUGCGGCCCCAUUGCGGAGAAGCCGGAGAUCCGGACCAUCUUGCUGCUGGAUUCCUCUGCUGUCACAGCAUCAGCCAUGGGAUCCUCCUCAGAAAGGUCCCUUUGCUGCAGUAUCUGUUCUAUCUCGAUCAAAUUGGGAUCGCCAUGUCUCCACUCAGCAACAACGCCUUGUUUCUGACGUACGACAAGAACCCAUUUGCCAACUUUUUCAAACGUGGUCUGAACGUGUCGCUGUCGACCGAUGAUCCAUUGCAGUUUGCUUUCACUAAAGAGCCACUGAUCGAAGAGUAUUCCGUCGCUGCACAGAUUUACAAAUUCAGCGCGGUGGACAUGUGUGAACUUGCGAAACACUCUGUUGAACAGAGUGGCUUUGAGCUUUCGCUGAAGCAAAGGUGGCUCGGAUCGAAUUGCUAUCUUCCUGGGGUUGCGGGAAAUAAUAUGGCAAAGAGCAACGUCCCUGAUAUUCGUGAGGAAUUCAGACACGAGACUCUGAUGAGUGAGCUAGCACUGAUCGAACGAUAUAUCGACGCACCGGAUCCUCAGUUCAGGCUACCGGGCCCAGCCGGGUCAUCCCCUGUCCCAGACAAGAAGCGCACGAGCCAGAGUCUACCCGAGAGGAUUAGACACUCAUCCGCUCUUCCGCAGAAUGCUAGUGACGUGUCUACGGCUAGCCAUCUUGAGGCCUCAGUCGGAGACAACGACAGAGUCGGCAAAUCGCCAAUUCUAUUUGCAAGUAAUCUCGGUUCGAGCCUAGGUGAUGCGGUGCCGGAUGAGAUGUCUGGCUCCAUGACGAGUAACAAUGGCUCCAUGGGGUUGACCAGCAGCGUGAAAUCGGACAGUCUGCCAGAGCAGAAGAUCUUCCCUGGGAUUGUGCAUGAAAGGGCACACCGGAGUAGUGCGGCGCCUCGGGCAGUAUCGGAAGACGAGGAGCAACCGCCCAGAUAA